AUGCCAUUUGUUUGUCCGGAUGGUUUCUUGCCGAACCCAGCAUGGGCAUCCUUGCACGCCAUCAAGGCUUUGGCGCAAGAACUUCAGCAGGUCCCGUCUGAGGAAAGGACGCCCGCCCACGUGGACGUCCUCGCGAUCUUCGAGAAUGGCGUGGACGUGGAGUGGGUCCAAUUCAACACCUUCAUGGAAUGGGUGAUCCACCUCGAAGCGGACUCCGUGAAGAGGGAGAAGUCCAGCAAGGCAUUCUUCGCUGAGAGCGCCCUCAUCAUUAUGGCACUGGCCGAGAAGCACAACGAUGCGAGCACCGAGUACCGCAUGCUCUUAAAGAUGGGCGAGUACGCAGCGAGGAGGACGUCCGACACCUUGAAGGUGAUGAACCACGUGUCUAGUUCACAGUGUGCCCUGCCCAAUGAGGCUUUGCUCUACCUUGUGAACUGGCGCCGAUCUACAUCGCUGAAGAAAAUGGGGAUGUGGAAGGAGGUUUUCCUUCUUUCCACAGCACUCAAGGAUCUCAAGGGCAAAGUGGUGAAGGCAUAUGACCGAGAUGCCGGAGACGAUGCACAAGUCAUAGCCAUGCGGAUGGCAUGUGCAAAGGUGGACCAAGCAGUGAUGGCUUCGUCCUCGUCCUCGGCCUCAAAGGCCACAGCGGGCUCAACUCUGAACUCCCAGGUUUUCUCAGGGAUGUGUCAGCAUAUUGGGGCGGCCAUCGCGUACUUUGACUCCUUGCGCGUGCAGUACGCCGCAGUGUACGAUGGCGUCCCCACUGCCCAGAAGCUCGUGAGCCGGGUUUUCUCCGACCCGGUCUUGCUCAGCAAGUUGGCUGGACACAUCAACCAGUGCAAGCUGAUGCCAUCUCUUGCCCGCAGCAGCCAGAAUGAGUUCUCCAGCUUGGAACAAGUUCUGCGCCGCAACUUGGAGACAGUGGAGCGCAUACAGGCAGAAGCUCUUGAAAGGCAAGCUGCACAGAAGAAGCUCGAGCAAGAGCAAGCUGCAGCAGAGCGAAGGGAGCUGGAGAAAGCGGCGGCGGAGGCGGCGGCCUUGGAAGCCAUCCGGCGCAAGAAGGAGGAGGACACAGCAGCUGCUGAACGGAAGAGGCUGGAGGAUGAGGCAGCGGAGCAGCGUCGCCAGGAAAAGGAGCUGGAAGAAAAGAGGGCGGUGAGAGCUCGGGUGGACGUGGAGUUCGACCAAAUCUUCCAUGUCAGUGAUGGUGAGACGCUUCCUUCGAUGAACCUGAGCUCCAAUGAGUCCGUGCGGCUCUGGUUGGUUGGGUUCAAGGCCCACGAUCGUGGCCCGAAGAAGCUUGGCAUAGGCAGGCUGUGUGCGAGAGUGUAUGGAUCAUGGUGCAAAACCGAACUAAAAACAGACAACUUGCUUUCGCGCAGCGCGCAGAGUCACACGACAUUACAGUUACUUCUGCUGCGAGGCACUUCUAUGCCACAGAUGAACAAGGCUCCGUGGCUCAGCUCUUUCUCACAGACGGACUUCAUGGUGCUCAGCUUGGGUCAUGACCCGACCUCGCUUAUGACGAUUCAGGAGGCUCUGUUUCAGGCUAAAGCUGUGGAAGCUUGA